AUGCUCAGCUGGACGCGGUCAAGCGGCUGGUCCGAAGUUUCCGGUCCGCGCUGGAUGGACCACCUGCUGAGUCCAUCUGGCCUCAAACUUCGCCGAUAUGAGAACGGUUUUAUCGAUCCAAGUCCGUGCCCGAAUGAGUCAGCGUGGCAG